AGAGAGAGACGUGAUGGAGCGGAGGAGGUGAGCUAGUGCGGGCAGCAGCAUUUGAAAAAAAACCAAAAAAACAACAGCGCUUGAAUUCAAGUGCAGUGGGUGGAGUUUAAGGAUGCUUUAGGGGUGCAGGAGAAGUUGUUGCCUUCACACGCCGAAGCCAUGCGUAAUGCGUGUGACUGAAUGACCGCCGGCCGGUGAGGACGGAGGAUGCUGGAGCAUGAGGCAGGAGCAGACAUACGACUUGUCCGUCAGAUCAGCGCCGGGAUGAAGAUCCAGGCCGGGGGAGAGCACACAGGCUGCAGCAAGGUCGCGGACAAUCCGGAGAACCAGGUCAUCUGUUUGCAGUGUCAAGAGGAGCUGGUGCGGGUUUGUCCGGGGAGUCCGCGCAGUCCUCGCCGCGCCAUCGCUCCGCGCUUCUCCUCCGGAUCCGCAGACCGUGAGCCCAGCAGUAGCAGCUACAAUGUCUCUUCAGGAACCUUCUACAGCUGUGUCAGUCAGAUCACCAUUGGGUUUGAUCUCGGGGGUCAAGUGGCCAUCGGCUUCUCCCACUGGAAGAGCCCUUUCCCAGCGAACGGCCAGAAUCUCCCCAGUCCGGACUGCGUUCACUCUGAGGCCUCCACAGUCCCGCCCAUCAGCGAGUAUCUGGAGCCGGUGUCCUGCCCGGCUUCGUUGUCCAUCACCCCGCUGCCCACCUGCAGCGCCAGCCAGGAGACGCUCUGCGACAGCAGCACGAGAGUGAGUUUGUCUCUACAUGGGUCUGAGCCCCAGCGGCGGAGCCCCCACCGACGCAGAGUCCCGCUGCAGCCCUCAGCCUCAGGCUACCAGGCAGCGGACAGACCUCUCGACUUCCCCUCCACUGGGAAGGCAGACAUCAUGGAGGAAUCCUCGUCUCAAGCCGUGGACUCCAGCACUCAAGACGAUGUGCCUCCCCUCGCUGUGAAGGAUGUCAAUGUGCUGCUUGAGAGAGAAAUGUCUGAGGGCAUCAGCAGCCCAUCCAGAGACAAUGACUCCACCCUGCUGAACAUGGGAAACAACAGCAGCAUCCUCGACGACAACACAAAGUCUGAUUCUGGCCUCCCAGAGGGGAGGAGUAAGUCCAGUGGCCUGUGCUUCAGCGAUGGAAAGAGUCGCAUUGACUACAUCCUGGUUUACAGAAAGUCCAGCUCGCAGUCCGAGAAGAGGGAGAUAUUUGAGCGGAACAUGCGUGCAGAGGGCUUACAGAUGGAAAAGGAGGCCUCCAUAACAAACAGCGACGUGCUUUUUCUGAAGAUCCAUGCGCCGUGGGAUGUUCUCUGUCGCUACGCUGAGCUCAUGAACAUUCGCAUGCCUUUUAGGAGGAAAAUCUUUUACAUGCACCGACGGCACAAGUUCAUGAGCAGAAUGGAAAAGCGCAUCAACAAGUUUCGUGGCUGGCUUCCCCGCAAGCCCAUGAAGUUUGACAGCGAAACUCUGCCUGACCUGGAGGAGAAAGAGAGCUUCACUGCCCCCUUCAGUCGAUCAAGGAUACAUCAUUUCAUCAUCCACAACAAAGACUCUUUUUUCAACAACGCCACCAGAAGUCGCAUCGUCCACCACAUCCUUCAGCGGGUCAAAUAUGAGGAGGGGAAAAAUAAGAUGGGCUCCUGUUUCUCUUCUUGUCUGUGUUUGAUUCCAGGGCUCAAUCGUCUUUUGAGCAAUAGUUCAUAUGAGGCAGCCUUCCCUCUUCAUGAGGGGAGCUACCACAGCAAAAACUCCAUCAGAACACACGGAGCAGAGAACCAUCGGCACCUGCUGUACGAAUGUUGGGCCUGGUGGGGGGUUUGGUACAAGUACCAACCACUGGACCUCAUCAGGAGGUAUUUUGGGGAGAAGAUCGGUCUGUACUUUGCCUGGCUCGGCUGGUACACAGGGAUGCUGUUUCCUGCAGCUCUGGUCGGUCUCUUGGUAUUCCUGUAUGGCCUCUUCACUCUGGAGCACUGCCAGGUCAGUAAAGAAAUCUGCCAGGCCACUGACGUCAUCAUGUGCCCCAUCUGUGACCAGUACUGCCCCUACCUGAGACUGUCAGACAGCUGCAUCUACGCCAAGGUCACCCAUCUCUUUGACAAUGGUGCAACUGUUUUUUUUGCUGUAUUCAUGGCUGUUUGGGCAACGGUCUUCCUGGAGUUCUGGAAAAGGCGCAGAGCUGUCCUCGCAUACGACUGGGACCUCAUCGACUGGGAGGAAGAGGAGCUGUCGUUUCAGUGCGAUUCGUCGCAAAUGGCAAAGCGCACCUCCAUCUCCCCGUCACCGCCAGUCUUCGCCGAUUCAUCAGAUUCAUCAUCAGAUUCAUCAGAUUCAUCAGAUUCAUCAGAUUCAUCAGCUUCAUCAGCUCCAUCAGCCUCUUCAGCCUAUGAGCCUCAUCAGAAUCAUCAGCCACCACCACCACCAGUGUCUGGACUCCAUGGGGGGAUUUAUCGUGCUGCUGCUCAGGGCAGACGCCCCUCACUUACAAAUUUCCCUGACGAAAUACGCCCCCAGUUUGAGGCCAAAUACUCCAAGAAGGAGAGGAUGAACCCCAUAUCUGGAAAGCCUGAACCUUACCAGGAUUUCACUGACAAAUACAGUCGCCUCAUCGUCUCAGCAUCCGGGAUCUUCUUCAUGAUAUUGGUGGUGAUCGCUGCUGUGUUCGGCAUCGUCAUUUACCGCGUGAUCACCGUCAGCACCUUCGCCGCCUUCGGCUGGGCUCUGAUCAGGAACAACUCUCAGGUGGCGACCACGGGAACGGCAGUCUGCAUCAACUUCUGCAUGAUCAUGCUCCUCAACGUGCUCUAUGAAAAGGUUGCUCUUCUUCUCACUAAUUUAGAACAGCCGAGGACAGAGUCAGAGUGGGAGAACAGCUUCACCCUCAAGAUGUUCCUUUUUCAGUUCGUCAACCUCAACAGUUCAACUUUCUACAUCGCCUUCUUCUUGGGAAGAUUUACAGGCCGGCCCGGUGCAUAUCUACGCCUCAUCAAUCGCUGGAAACUGGAAGAAUGCCACCCCAGUGGCUGUCUCAUUGACCUCUGUCUGCAGAUGGGGAUCAUCAUGGUGCUAAAACAGACCUGGAACAAUUUCAUGGAGCUCGGCUACCCGCUGAUCCAGAACUGGUGGACCCGGCGGAGGCUAAGGAGAGAGCACGGAGAGAAAGCCAAGGCCAGCUUCCCACAGUGGGAGAGGGAUUACAACCUACAGCCAAUGAAUGCCUACGGACUCUUUGAUGAAUACUUAGAAAUGAUUCUACAGUUUGGCUUCACCACCAUCUUUGUGGCAGCAUUCCCUCUGGCCCCUCUCUUAGCGCUGCUCAACAACGUCAUCGAGAUUCGUUUGGACGCCUACAAGUUUGUCACACAGUGGCGGCGACCUCUGCCCUCACAAGCCAAAGACAUAGGGAUCUGGUAUGGCAUUCUGGAGGGCAUCGGCAUCUUGUCCGUCAUCACCAACGCCUUUGUCAUCGCCGUUACCUCAGACUUCAUUCCUCGCCUUGUUUACGCCUACAAGUAUGGACCUUGUGCUGGUCAGGGUCGAGCAGGGGAGGGGUGUAUGCUGGGUUAUGUCAACGCCAGUCUUUCAGUAUUCCGGGUGUCUGACUUUGAGAGGAGAUCACAGUACAGGACUAAUGGCUCCGAGCUGUUUGGACAAGCUGUCAAAUUUUGCAGGUAUCGUGACUACAGGGAGCCUCCAGACUCUGCCGAGCCCUACGCAUACACUCUUCAGUUCUGGCAUGUCCUGGCGGCCCGGCUUGCAUUCAUCAUUGUGUUCGAGCAUAUGGUCUUUUCUAUCAAAACCCUGAUCGCAUACCUGAUCCCCGACCUCCCCAAGGACCUGCGGGAUAGAAUGCGCCGAGAGAAAUACCUGAUCCAGGAGAUGAUGUAUGAGGCCGAGUUGGAGAGACUGCAGAAGGAGAAAAACGAGAAGAAGAACAAAGACAGGGUCCAAAACAAGGAAUGGCCCUGAAUACACCAACUGGUACAGCCGGAGAUUCAGAAACAGUUUGUACAGGAGAUUAUUCAGCUCUGUUCAUGACUUGUGUGGGGUUUGAUCUGCAGGAUUUGCCCACUGUGCAGAACUCGGUCCUGGAAGCUAUCAGACUUUAGGCUAACGUUAGCAGCUCUGUCCUGAACCUUAUUGGAUUUGGGGAAGCUACACUCCAGAAACCCCAGCCGCUGUUACCAAAGAUAGCGUUGAAUUUUAACACCUCAAUUAGUGCUCACCCAAAGCCUUUUCUCUUGUAAAAUUAAAAAUGAAAACAUAGUAUUUAAAGAUAUGAAUAUGUUAAGCUCCUAGGACUAUUAGGACUAACUAGCUUCACAGUACAAUUCAAGUACAAUUUAGUACAAUUGACGCAGGCUUAUAACUUAAUGACUUAAUUUUUUCCUGGGACAUGCAGAUUUAGCCUCAGUCUGUUAGUUCAGUGUCACGUACAGUGCAUAUUUAAGACCUCUUUUACAUAAUGAAUGAUGAUAAAAGUCAGCUGGAAAAGAGAAAAAAGUUGAUCAGAGACAGGGUUUUCAUCUGAAUUUGUGGAGACGACGUUAGCUUAAUUUGCUAACUAGCUAUAGCAAAUCAAAUCCAAGAGCGACAGCUGACAUUCCAGCUGACAAAAUCGACGGCCGGUGGCUAGAAAUGAGAAGUCUGCUUUUGUCUACCUCUGUCUGAAAUCAAGGACCCCUUUUUUUCAAAAACAUUACUAGGAAUUGUGCGUUUUAAAUUUGCCACUUUUAUCAUUAUUUGUAUGUGCCAUGCGAGAGCAGAAAGCUUGAGGUAUAGCAACGAAAGCUAACGGUCAAGACUGAAUGAGUAUGUUUUAAGAUCAGGUUGUUAGGUUCAUUAAAGAGAAGUUUUGCAUUCUGUUUUGGAACUCUUUUCAGCUUGAGUCCACAAAUAAUUAACAUUUUAAACAUUAAAUCGAGGUAUUUUACCUUGUAAAACAUAUCAAAGCUACUGAAUUCAUGCUAGAAUUGUUUAAAACAAUUUAAAAUAGAUUUUAAGAUGCCAAAAUCAAGUUAGAACAAAGGAAAGCAAAAAAAAAAUAUGUGUUUAAAGGAAAAUGUAUAUAGUUGUGCCUUUCAGAGUUGUUGCAUCCUAAGACCUCAGCUGUGUAAAAAUUCAAAUGAAAACAUUUCAAGUGUAACGCUGUAUGUUUCCCAGUGUUAACAGGCCUUACCAUAUAGUUUCUCUUAUUCCCAGGUUAUCAGCUGGUGUUUGGUUUUCACUGCACAGUGGAGGAAGGAGAGGAGCGCUGGGUUUCCUGCAUGAUACUGGACCCUCAUACCUUCCUCCUGCCAUGUCAGACCAGCACCUCCUAGUGGACAGUAGAUGAACUGCACCCAGCAGGGCCACACAGUGUACACAGGGCCCAUUGUGUCUGCAUUCAUAAUGGAUGUCCUCUUGAACAUUUGACAGUGGGUUUUGCUACGUUUUUUUUCUUUCUUUUUCUCUCCAGAUAGUUUCUACCACUUUGGACUCUCAACAGCGUAUGUCUUCAGAUCCUGAAUGUAGAUUUCAAGCAAGACUAAAGUUUUACGGAUUUCUGGUUUUAGACGAGAGAAAUAACUCUAACCGAGCUUACUGAAUGACAAACCCUGUUUACAUUUCUCCUCAUUUGAGGAGUUCACAUAUUGCUUUAUUGUAAAUAAAGAUAUUUAAAUGAAUGUCAGGCCAUCAGCUCUGCUAUAGUGUAGUGCAAUAAAAAAGCUAGAGAAUGCAAUUUCUGGAGAGAUUGCGGUGGGAUUGCUGGCUGCUGAAAACCUGACUGAUGGACAGUCAGAAGCUAAUCUGCAUUGCUUGAAAAGCUGGGCUGCAUUGCUUCAUGUAUAGCAGGUAGCUGAACAGCAUCGCUUAAAAAAAAAUGGCUGGGAGCUAAACUGCAUCGCUGGCUUAACUUUGUAUAAAAGCAGCAGCUGAAGGAGUAUGAAGAGUUGGAAUAAUAGAAAAGGG